UACUUGUCGUCCACCGUCUCGUUGAAAACCCGGGCCAGUCACCAAGGGUUUAUAUUGCUACUAAAAUACAAAGAAAGAUCGAGUUAUGGAACCCUCUCCGGCUGAACUUGAACGCCUCAUCUUAUAUGAGCGGACUCGCUUGAAUGCUGAAGCCCAUUACAUCAAGAACCCUAACGACGCUGAUAAUUUAACUAGAUGGGGAGGAGCACUAGUCGAAAUUUCUCAGUUUGGAACUUUGAACGAUUCAAAGCGGAUGCUUAGCGAUGCUGUUUCGAAAUUUGAGGAGGCACUGGUAAUCAAUCCCAGCAAGCAUGAUACUUUGUGGUGCUUGGGGAAUGCAUUUACUAAUCAAGGAAUUCUGACUCCUGAUAUCCGUGAUGCUGAGAUUUAUUUUAAAAAGGCACGUGAUUGUUUUGAGAAAGCCCUGACGGAGAGUCCAGGAAAUGAACUAUAUCGGAAGUCCUUGGAAGCCACUGACAAGGCACCAGAAUUGCACAUGCAGAUACAGAAGCAGAUGAACACCGGAGGUCCUCCUAAUGCAAAGGACUCGGAGAAAUUAAACAGUGAUUUAAUCUAUGACAUAUGUGGAUGGGUUAUCCUUGUUGUUGGAAUUGUUUCAUGGGUUGCAAUGGCUAAAUCAAAUGUUCCUCCGCCUCAUCCGAGAUAACAAGCCUUCAUAUCUUGAAGUGGAAUCCGCAUCUGUUUAGUUCAGUACCAGCAUGGUAGCUAAGAUCUGCCCUAGAUAUAUCUAUAAUUUAGAUUAUUAUUUUGGACUUUAUUUUAUGCCAGCUUAAUAGUGAAUAUCUACAUAACCUUACAAUGUUGUUCCUAUACGAGCGGCACAAUGUUUUGGUCAUCUUGUUGUCUAAUCCAUUGUAAGCUAAGACCUGCCGCAGAUUUAUCUAUAAUUUAUAUCCCUUGUUUGUUUUGUAAAAA